GCUUGUGGAAAUGAAAGCAUCACAACAUUUCCUGAAAACUAUUUCAGAUAUAUAUUUCAUAACACCUCUCUACCCACCUUAGGAGGAAGCUGAAAGCUGACGUAUCCACAGCCUUUCCCUCUCUGUCUGUGGAGGAACUGUCUGAGUUGGUCCCAAACAAGGAGGAGCUGAAUGUAGUGAAGAUUUAUGCCCACAAGGGAGAUGCAGUGACCCUCUACGUACUUCAUAAGAACCCAGUGUUCUUUGAGCUGGAGAAACGCCUCUAUCCCACAGGUAGGGUUACAGUCAAGUGGCAGAGAUGCACUGACCAUAUAAUUCAGAAAAAAAGGGAAAUCUUGACUGUACUGUAUGUCUUGUUGGUUUUCAGUGUAUACGCUUUGGCAUUAUCCCCAUGUCUUGCCAGCAUUCACAACAUGGCCUCCAGUGCUACAGAAGCUGGCUGGAGGGGCAGGUAAGGUUAUUUGUCUUAUGUAAAACCUGGACUAAUAUUAAUCAAUGUAUCAGUCAUUAACAUGUAUUCUGAAACUCUAUCCUCCCUGCUCCUCCACAGAUCUCAUGCUGCCUGGAGUGGUGGUGCCUCUAAGUGGUCUCCCAGAGGUGAAGAAGGGGGACUGCUGCGCUGUUAAAGUUGUUAGCAACAGGUAGGCCUAAGCUAAUCACUGAUUGGCUGUUACCGCUGUCUAUAAUGAACACAUUGACAAUGGCAGGCUUCAUAUUCUUGUUCAGAACGUCCUGGUUGUUUCUUUCCAGGGCUCCCAUGGCAGUGGGCACUGCCACCAUGUCCAGUGCUGAGAUGCGGAGCUUGGGCAUGAAGGGCAGAGGGGUGUCAGUCCUCCACACCUACCUGGACAGCCUGUGGUGAGUGCCUGGUCAACCUCAACACACACACACUGAAGCGUGGUCAGACUGUCAAUGAUUAUAACCCUGACACAACAUUUGUUUGUCAAUAGCUAGGUUUCCAUCCAAUUACGGACAGAUUUUCAUGCGUAUAUUCUAAAAUCCACAUCAAGAAAAUAUCCGCAUUUGGUGUGUUUCCAUCCAACAGACUUGUUGCGGAUUAAAAUUAGUGCGUGAUGACGUUUUGCAAACAAAAUGACACUUUUUCGCUUAAGUUUUCAUGUACCGAAUAGCCAACAGCUUGCAGAAACAGUGUGGUUAGUCUAGUCUACAUGAUGAUAUUAUUAUGGAUAAGAGCGAGAAUAUUUUUAUUUGUGGAACGGCAGUCAAGCAUCGAUCAUCAUGUCACCAGAAUAAGACCCUUGAUAUCUAUUGGAAAGGAUCAUCAAGAUCACUGUGCACUUUCACCACCCUGAGAAGUUCCUCAUCACUUAUUUCAUCUGUUACUCUCUUUAGGGCAUUUGGAGACAAGUCUGGUCCUCCCUCCAUUCCUGAUGUGGACGCUGAGGGUGUCGAGGCAAUGUAUGGAGAAGAGGAGGAGGAUGAGGAUGAAGAGGCAACAGAGGGGGUUGAAGAGGAACCGUGUCCCAACUCUGAUGGUGACAAGGCCACAGAUGCCCCCUGUCCUGGUAUCCAGGAGCUCAGCCUGGCUGACAGGGAGGAGGGGGAGCAGGGGAAAGAAGAAGGAGAAGAAUACCCAGAGGACCCGAGGAGCCAACAAGGUAGCUAUUACUGCUCAAAUGGAGAUCCAGUAAGAGGAGAGUUUGGCAGUUAUUAUGAUAUGUGUCCAUGUGUUUGGGUCUAAGGGAAUUGAGAAGAGUUCUGGUAUUCUUUGCUCUAGUGUUCUGUUAAUAUUUUAUUCCCAACACAAUUACAUUGUCCUUAACAAAUCAAAAUCCUUAAAACAAAGAGAUUGAUGGCAAACAUAUUUGAUUUUAUGUGUAUUUCUUUGAAAGCAAGUAUCUUAUUGCAUAAAAGAGUCAUGAAUUGACAAACAAAAAAAGAGAGAAUUACAGUGUAUAUCACAAACAUAGUCCUGUCCUUACAGAGCAGAUGGACGCCCUGCUGCUGCAGUGUUUCCUCCAGGCGCUCAAGAGCAAAGUGAAGAAGUCAGAGCUCCCCCUGCUGACCAGUAGCUUCCUGCGCAUCCACAUGUUCUCCUGCUGGUGAACACUACUCGGGGACAUUGAGUUUCCCACUGACAUCAGUGCAUAAAUGCAAAAGUUUGAGUUGUGUGCAUGUGGCCUAUCUCAAGUUAGCAUUCUGCUUAAAAGAAGUAGCUUUGAACUGAAUAUUCAUACAUUUUGUUUUGUUUUACAGUCCAAGUGGAAAGCAACUUGACAUCAAGAAAUCAAGCUAUAAAAAGGUAACCCGUCUUAGAAUAAGAGUGGUCCUCGACUUGACUUGUAAAGGACGUCUCAUUUCAUAAUGCUAUGAUGUUUCUAAUAAACUUGAAUCGUGAAUUUUGGAAAGAGGAUGGCAAAACCCAGACAUUUUCAAUUUGACUAUUCAUCAAUAAUCACUGAAUUAUCCCUUAAAUCCUAAAUCUAAUGUUUUGGCCCCAGUUAUCCAAGUUCCUUCAGAGCAUGCAGCAGCAGCACAGCCUGGUGAGGGUGAAGGAGCUGAGUAAAGGGGUGGAGAGCAUCGUAGAGGUUGACUGGAAGAACCCAGCGUGAGUAUAUCCUCUUCCACCUACGGCAUUUAUGGGGGGGACUUGAGAUUAGCAAUAGUGAAGUGUUUUUUUUAUACUGUCUUUUCUGCUGCAUCUAGACUGCGCUCCUUCCGCACCCCAGAGGAUCCUGGGAUAGAGGAGGCCCCAGUGGAGGUGGGAGGAGUGGAGGGUGAGAAGCCCUACCAUCCCCCUGAGAUCACUACUCUCUACAUGGUGUCCUCUCGUCUGGAGCCUCUGUUUCAAGAUGCCAAGAAGAGGUGAGUCUGGGUACAUGCCUGCAAGCGUCUGUGUAGUCUUUUUUUAUGUUUUUAAGUAAAUGUUUUGAGUUGUACUGACAUGUCGGUGCUCUCUCUCAAAGGAAAGGAACAGUACUCCAACCAGCGGAAGUGAGAGAAAUCAUCACAGAUUAUGUGAAGAGGAACGAGCUGGUGGAUGAGAAGAAUAAAAAGUGAGGAGAUUGCAUGGAUUCAAAGCUUUCACUUUCAUUCAGGAUUUAAGACUUUCAAUAUCCAGUUGUUUGGGAGAUUCACUGCCAGCGCAAAUAUCUGUUCAAGGUGGUAGCUAUCAACUCUCCUAUAUUAACACAGUCUGUGUGAACUCCACCAGUUAUGUCAUCAUUAACCCGAUCCUAUGUGACUGCCUACUGGAGAAGUCAGAGUACCAGGAGGUGGAGGCACUCAAGUGGGAUGACCUCUUCAGCAGGUAAACAGCUAUGGGUAGUGAAACACUGGCCUGAAGUCAUGCUGCAUCACGCCUUGGAUUAUGAUUUAACACCACCAUCUUGUGUCCACAGGACGCUAUACAAAAUGCAGCACUGCCACCAGCUGGUGUUCCCUGGCCAGCCACCCAUAAUAAAGAAGGGCCACAUUGAGCCCAUAGACAUCUCUGUGGCCUCCAGGGGCUCCAACAAGAAGGUACACCCAUGACAACAUGUUUUUAAAGCAGCACUCCUCAAUCUUUGUGAUUUUAUAAUAAAAUAUCCUUCCUUCCUCCCUUCUCUUUAGGUGACAAUGAUAAAGAACCUGGAGGUGUAUGGUCUGGACCCCAUGGCGGUGUCAGUCGCCCUGCAGCGCAGAGUCCAGGCCAGCUCAGCCCUGAACCCCGUCCCGGGCUCCAAGGACCGAGUCCUGGUCCAAAUACAGGGAAACCAGGUCCAGCAAGUCUGCAAACUGCUACUAGGUUCGGAAAUAUGUCCUCUUGGAAACCUCAUGACAAGACUGUCUUGAUUCCGGCUCUUGAUUUAACAGGUGUUUAUGUGCAUCAUUUCUAAGGCUUUUUCCCCACUUUUUUUUGCAGAUAAGUAUCAAAUUCCCUGCAAGUACAUCCAGGGACUAGACAACAAAGUUCAGAAGCCUGGGAGGAAGAAAUAGUAGAACUUCAAUAUUUCAUCAACGUGUAUGUAUAGCUGUGCAGAAAAAGCCAAACAACAACAACUAAUUGUUUAUCGUUCAUGAAAUAAAGUCUACUCCAGGAUUUGGCUAAA